UUCUCAGUUGGCGCCAUCUCAGAUUCAUGUCUUGUCUUGGGUGAAACUCACGAAAAUGAAACAAGCUAAUGUAAAUCAAACUUUAAAUGUAGUGCAUUCUCUAAAGAUAUGUGUCAAAUACAAAUUCGCAAAUAAAUAAUUGAGUGAAGAACAGUAAUUAAUUACACAUUAAUAUUCAUAUUGCAUCAAUCCUAUUUCACCUCUGUCUAGAAUAUUCAUCUUACCCUUAACCGUUAGCAAUGCAUAGGUAAAAUCACUGGGGAAGCCAAGUCAAGCCAAUAAAAAGCCCUAUUACAACCUAUGUUGUGAUAUUUGAUGUGAAUCCAAAUCCAAACUGCCCUCCCUUUGGGGGCGUUUUGUUGCGCCAGGAUAACCCACUGUUGAGCUCAGUUCAAUGCUGAUUGGCUAAUAAUUUUGUAAUUUCUUUGUCAAGGGGGUCCAAAUGCUUGCUGGCAUCAAUCAAAUGCUACGGCGCCAACAUGUCAUACUCUUUUGUUUCAGACAGAAUCAGAUACAUGGGCUACACAUACUGAGACAGAGGGGUGCUGUUACCCUCAAUCGGAUGAUUUCUCAGGCAGCAGACACCCUAGCUGUAAGACAGAAGCGCCGCAUCUACGACAUCACCAAUGUGCUUGAGGGCAUCGGACUGAUCGAGAAGAAGUCUAAGAACAGUAUUCAGUGGAAGGGUGUUGGUCCUGGCUGUAACACACAGGAGAUAGCCGAUAAACUCAUUGAUCUGAAGGCAGAGCUGGAUGAUCUGGACAAGCGAGAGCACGAGUUGGAUCAGCAGAGGGUCUGGGUCCAGCAGAGCAUCAUGAACGUCACAGACGACUCACAGAACAGCCCUAUGGCUUAUGUAAAACACGAAGACCUCUGUAGUGCUUUCAAAGGUGACACUCUCCUAGCGAUCCGCGCUCCCACAGGCACACAACUGGAGGUGCCCAUACCUGAGUCGGUACUGAUUGGACAGAAGAAGUAUCAGAUCCGUCUCAAGAGCUCAGCAGGACCUAUUGAGGUUCUCCUUGUGAACAAGGACCCAUCCAGCCCAUCUCCAGUGGUACUGUCCGUCCCCCCACCCGAGGACAUGCUCCAGAGCCUUCCAGUGCCUGCUGCUGCCAACACAAAACCGGCACCUACUGCCCCCUCCCAGCCCAGCCAGCCUCUGGCCCACUCCUCUAACCCCAGUCCUGCCACACUCUUACCUGCCUGCACAGCUACUUCCAAUCAGGCAGUCACCACUGCAGUGUCCAGCACACUGACUGUUUCCACACCCACUACAAACACAAAUGCCCAACUGACUCCCCUGUUGGACACCCAGCCUCUCCAGUCCUCUGCCUCAUUGGAUGGCUGCUCUUCUUCUUCAGCAGUCUUUGAACCAAUCAAGGCUGACCCCUCAGAAUUGCUGUAUUUCCCCAAAGAACUUUCUGACAUGUUUGACCCGACUAAAGAGAUCAUGAGUGCAGACCUGUUGGAGGAGCUGAUGUCUUCCGAGGUGUUCUCUCCACUCCUCCGUCUGUCUCCCCCUCCGGGUGACCACGACUACAUAUAUAACCUGGACGAAACCGAAGGCCUGUGUGACCUCUUUGAUGUUCCGAUUCUUAACCUUUGACCUCUGAGCUGAGUUCCCAAAAAUGUAUUAUGUAAGGAAAUCUAAGAAUCAUUUUUACCAUUUUCUAUGGAAAAAAACAAAUGUGUGAUUCUAUUUUUGGAUCCUGGUGUAUUAUAAGAUUUUUCUGUGUAAACAAUUAAGUGUUUUGAUGUCGUACCCAAAUAUUUCCACUAAACAUUGGCAGCAAAUGUUUGAGGGCGUAGUGGCUUAAGGUUAGAUAAAAAGGGGUAUAAAGAAAUAUAGUCCUCUCCAAUCUGAACUGAUGAUCUCUCAGGUGAAAUGCCUCGCAUUCAUGCUGACCCGUGAUUAACUCUAUUCCCUCCAUCUAUCUAUGUUUGAAAUAUGUAUGUAACAAACUGGCAAAGGCAGACAUCAUCACACUCUGAUCCUCAUCAACUCGGUGUCAACAGAUUCAGACACCCAGGCAGCUGCAUAAACUCGGACAGUACGCACUAAUGUGUACAGAUACACAGCUGAUCAAAGUUAUGCGCUUUUGUUCUGUAUAUAGAGAAUAUUUAUAUUUUGUAUUAAGAGCCUUUGUGGAGUUGUGUAUAAUGAACUACAUGUGAAAUACAUUGACAGCAGUAGUGAACUAGGGUGCCAAACAAAGACAGAGAAAGUUGAAGUGUUUCAGAUGUAGCUCGCAUUGGAUCAACUGCUACACGUUUAUCAUUCACUUUGGUCCCCUUGCCUUUGUCAGUAUGUUUAUUUCUUACUCAUUUCAUUCACUUUUCAACAUUGUCUGUGGCUCUUGUUUUGUCUUGCAAUUAUUAUGUAUAUGAAUAUUAUUUUAUUCAGUCUGUAUGUAAAAGGAAAUGUAUUUUUUUUUUUUUACAGAUACAGUAAUUAGUUCCUAUGAAGUAGGUUAGUGCUUUGAGAGCUGGUCUAUAGUCUGUAUAUGUCGCUCAGAACUGUGUUCAAUACAAAAACGUUCCUCAACAUGCUUUCACCAUGACUAUGGAAACACAAAUGUUGACUUUGUUCUUUUUGUGAGAGAAUAUUUAUUUACAUUUUCCUUCUGUGUUCAUUCUUGUUUUAAUUUGUUCCCAGAAUACAUUGUUUCCCUUGUAUUAUAGAAGAGCAUUUUUUAUAUAUACACCACUAUAUACACUACCGUUCAAACGUUUGGGGUCACUUAGAAAUGUCCUUGUUUUUGAAAGAAAAGCCCAUUUUCUGUCCAUUAAAAUAACAUCAAGUUGAUCAGAAAUACAGUGUAGACAUUGUUAAUGUUGUAAAUGACUAUUGUAGCUGGAAAUGGCAGAAUUGUAUUUUUAUGGAUUAUCUACAUAGGCGCACAGAGGCCCAUUAUCAGCAACCAUCACUCCUGUGUUCCAAUGGCACGUUGUGUUAGCUAAUCCAAGUUUAUCAUUUCAAAAAGGCUAAUUGAUCAUUAGAAAACCCUUUUGCAAUUAUGUUAGCACAGCUGACAACUGUUGUUCUGACUAAAGAAGCAAUAAAACUGGUCUUCUUUAGACUAGUUGAGUAUCUGGAGCAUCAGCAUUUGUUGGUUCAAUUACACACUCAAGAUGGCCAGAAACAAAUACUUUCUUCUGAAACUCAGUCUAUUCUUGUUCUGAGAAAUGAAACCUAUUCCAUGCGAGAAAUUGCCAAGAAACUGAAGAUCUCGUACAACGCUCUGUACUACUCCCUUCACAGAACAGAGAAAACUGUCUUUGACCAGAAUAGAAAGAGUGGGAGGCCCCGGUGCACAAUUGAGCAAGAGGACAAGUACAUUAGAGUGUCUAGUUUGAGAAACAGACGCCUCAGACUGGCCAAUAAAAACAAAAGAUUAAGAUGGGCAAAAGAACACAGACACUGGACAGAGGAACUCUGCCUAAAAGGCCAGCAUCCCGGAGUCGCCUCUUCACUUUUGACGUUGAGACUCGUGUUUUGCGGGUACUAUUUAAUGAAGCUGCCAAAGAUAACCCUGAAAGAGCUGCAACGCUCCACAGCGGAGAUUGGAGUAUCUGUCCAUAUGACCACUUUAAGCCGUACACUCCACAGAGCUGGGCUUUACGGGAGAGUGGCCAGAAAAAAAUAAGCAAACUUGUUUGGCGUUCACCAAAAGGCAUGUGGGAGACUCCCCAAACAUAUGGAAGAAGGUACUCUGGUCAGAUGAGACUAAAAUGUAGCUUUUUGACCAUCAAGGAAAACACUAUAUCUGGCGCAAACCCAACACCUCUCAUCACCCCGAGAAUCUCAUCCCCACAGUGAAGCGUGGUGGUGGCAGCAUCAUGCUGUGGGGAUGUUUUUCAUCGGCGGGGACUGGGAAACUGGUCAGAACUGAAGGAAUGAUGGAUGGUGCUAAAUACAGGGAAAUUCUUCAGGGAAACCUGUUUCAGUCUUCCAGAGAUUUGAGACUGGGACGGAGGUUCACCUUCCAGCAGGACAAUUACCCUAAGCAUACUGCUAAAGCAACACUUGAGUGGUUUAAGGGGAAACAUUUAAAUGUCUUGGAAUGGCCUAGUCAAAGCCCAGACCUCAAUCCAAUUGAGAAUCUGUGGUAUGACUUAAAGGUUAAAGGUACACCAGCGUAACCCAUCCAACUUGAAGGAGCUGGGGCAGUUUUGCCUUGAAGAAUGGGAAAAAAAUCCCAGUGGCUAGAUGUGCCAAGCUUAUAGAGACAUACCCCAAGAGACGUGCAGCUGUAAUUGCUGCAAAAGGUGGCUCUACAAAGUACUGACUUUGGGGGGGUGAAUAGUUAUGCCUGCUCAAGUUUGUUUUUUUGGGUCUUAUUUCUUGUUUGUUUCACAAUAAAAAAAAUAUUUUGCAUCUUCAAA